CACUUGACAAGCAACGUCAGAACAGAAAACUUGUUUUUGUGGCCAAAACGGCUGUCGUAGCACAAAUUUCCCAAUUCAUAAGAAUUUUUUAAGUUAGUAGAGUGAUACGUUUAUUUUUUCUAUCAUUACGUGCCAAUAUUUGAGAUUUGAACCAUCAAACAUAUCAGCUAGGGAAGAAUCACGACUGCUGAUUGCAGUGUGUGCCGAGAUAAAGUUAAAAUUACAAUAGGAGAUAGUGAACGAUUUGGCUUAUCAGAAGUAAAACACCUAUCUGAAGGGGAAAAAAUUGUGUCGUCCAAGAAGAGCAAAUUUUGCUUAUCACUUCGCUCGUUCCCCGGAUCACAAAGGGGACGAUGCGCGUCUCGGAUGGCUAUCGCUUGAUUGCUCCGGAAAUAAGCUUGAAGACGAGAAAGGGCCAUUGGAGGAUUUUCGUUAAAUUAGAAACGACCUGUUGUGCUGGACCAGCUAGCCAAUGAACGACAAGUCAGCUUGACGGCCCCACAAGCAACAGGAAAAAUGCGCGUCGAAUAUCAACUGCUGCAACAGCAGGACACCUCGGAGCGAAGUCCGGCACCGCCCGGGUCCCGGCGGAAACCGAACCCCAAAAUAGUGGCCAACAACCUACGGUUUUCAUUCCUAUGUCUGGUCGUGAGCGCAUCGAUGCUUAUAUUUCUGUUUCUCAUCUACACGGAUUCCUUCCACCCGAUAGUGGACAGCAUAGCGGGAAAGCUGGGCUACCACGAGAAAACGUACGCCGUCGUUGUGGACGCAGGUUCCACCGGAAGCCGAGUGCUGGCAUUUGAAUUCCACCGUGGUUACUUGGACGGCCGACUGGUGCUGGACUACGAACUGUUCAAGCACUCGAAACCGGGCCUGUCAGCGUUUGCAGAUCGACCGGCCGAUGGGGCUGCCACCAUUGAAAAACUACUGCAGGAAGCAAAGGCUGUCAUACCGGAAGCGAAGUGGAAGGACACCCCACUGGUUCUGAAGGCAACUGCCGGACUAAGAUUAUUGAAACCAGAGCAAGCAGAAGGGCUACUGCAGGCUUGCCGAGAUCUAUUCAAACAGUCUGGAUUCCUCGUCAAUGACCAUUCCGUGGAAAUCAUGGAUGGCACAGACGAAGGUAUAUUCUCCUGGUUCACGGUAAACUUUUUGCUGGGUAAACUGAACGGCAGAAAUACAGUUGCUGCGCUGGAUUUAGGUGGCGGCAGCACUCAGGUCACCUUCGCUCCGAAAGAUGUCUCGCAGACUCCUUUGUACAAAGAUUUUAUGCACAAAGUUCCUACAUUUAAUUCGUACGUAGACGUGUUCACCAAUAGCUACUUAGGGGCCGGACUGAUGGCAGUCAGGCAUGCCGUUUUUACCAAUGGCGUCCCCGAGGGACAGAAAAAUCUGGUUAGCGAAUGUGUGAAUCCAAUCGUUAAGAACAAACUGUUCCGGUACGGUGCAGAGCAAUUCAAUGUUACCGGCAAGGACAAUCCUAGAGCUACUGCCGAGAAUCCGGAGGUAGAUUAUGAACAGUGUGCGGCUCUGGUUCGGAAGAAGGUUUUGCCAACGCUGAAGCCGAAACCGGUCACACUCAAACAGCACGAGAUUUCGGCGUUCAGCUACUUUUUCGAUAGAGCUAUCGAAACCGGACUGGUGGAUGUUUCAGUUAAGGAUAUCUCUUUAGAUCGCUCGAAUCUUAUGAUUUAUUGGGACCCGAUUCAAGGGGGCGAAACAACCGUUGGAAACUUCAUCACAAGAUCCCGUGAAGUUUGCGCUGAAGCCAACACUGAUCAACCGUUCAUGUGUAUCGAUCUCACUUUUAUCUCGGUACUUCUGGAGGAAGGUUACGGCUUGAAACCGAAGACUCCGUUGAAGCUCUACAAAAAAAUCGACGGACACGAAAUUUCGUGGGCACUGGGUUGUGCCUACAACAUUUUGACUAGUAGGAAAAAUUCCCAACCAUAGAAAUUAAGCACACGAACAAAACUCUCACCAGAACAACGAUACAAUCAAUGUUAACAGAAACCACCACAAACAGAGCAGAAAAAACCGUUUAUAUUAUCGCCCCAGAAUAUUCCCAGCCAAUCAAACGAAGAACUGGUUUUAAUUCCUCAACAUAGUUAUCGCGAUUAGAUUUUACACACGAAUAUCUCCGGGACAAGGUUAUAUUUUCGAUUGUAUUUUUACCGUUGACGAAAGAAAAAAUUCGACGACCGAUUCCAUUGAAGUAACUUCGUUUCACAUCAAAUAGAGAUAUUUUUAACAGAAGGCAUCCAUCGAUGAAUUUUUUAACCAACCAAGUUUUUCGGGUUAUAUCGGUGUAGUAGUUAAAAAUCACAACACGUAGAGUAAAUCUGAAUGUGCCUUAUUGAUCCACAUACCGUUGUUAUAAGUAGAACGAUCAUAUUUGAAAACAAAAAAAAAAAUACUAGCACCAUUAAAAUGUAUGCCUUUAGAGUCAGCACCUUAGAGUUCACCCUCCACAUUCCCUGUCCGUUAGAUAAAAGUCCAACAUGUUACGCUGUAGAAAAGAAAACGUUUAGCCCAUGGGAAACUUCUCAUUUGUAAAGGCAUAUUGCAAGCUUCUUCGUGAGAUAACCAUGUAAAUAAUUGUAGGUAGUUUCCUAUUGAUUGUUAGGGUUUUUUUUGUAUCUCUAGAUAUAUGUGUUUUCCAUAUGAUAAUAUACUCAUGCAAGGUUUAGACGAGUAUAGAAUUGUUUAUUUUGUGAUAGGUUUCUUGAAAUUUAUCAUGUUAGAGAAAAAAAAAACAUGUGAUUUCACAAACUAAAAAUUCUAACGUUCUUUAGUUUCGGGAUUGUUAGUAGAUUUAAAAGCACUUUGGUUUUGCGUUAUAUUAGUUAAUAUUUUGGACGAUUUAUUUAAAAUAAACUCAGGAUUUUU